CCAAAUUCGAGAGGCCCGCUCUCUCGUCCUCAUGGUCCAAGUGUCCAACAAAACCCACGCCCCCUUUCUGUGUCCCGAUCCUCUCCUCCUCCUCCUCCUCCUCGUCGCCUCCUCUUUCCUCGCUCCCUUUCUCGCCGCCGAACCCUCGUUUCAGAAGUCCUAAAGCCGCAUGCCAAAACCCUAACCACAGAGUAGCGCAGAUCUGGUCCCGUCCCGGAGUCGAGGAUACCGCGGUUACCCCGCCGGCCGGAUCCCGUUGAUGUGACGGAGUCCGAGCACUGCCGCGCCCUAGAUGAACUUGUGGACCGACGACAACGCCUUUAUGAUGGAGGCCUUCAUGACCACCACCACCGACCUCCAGGGCUUCCCCUGGGCGCCGCCUCCCGCCGCCGCGGCGGCUGGAGGGGGUCGAGUGCCAUCCUCCCAGUCAGCCGUCACGUCAUCCGCGCCAGCGGCACAGCCGGCGUAUUUUAACCAGGAGACGCUCCAGCAGCGGCUCCUGACACUGAUCGAGGGCGCGAGGGAGACCUGGACCUACGCCAUCUUCUGGCAAUCAUCGGUGGACGUGGCGUCCGGCGCUUCGCUGCUCGGCUGGGGCGACGGCUUCUACAAAGGAUGCGAGGAGGACAAGCGGAAGCAGAAGGCUGCCGCCUCCAGGGAGGAACAGGAGCACCGGAAGCGGGUGCUCAGGGAGCUUAACUCCCUCAUCUCCGGUGGCGCCGGCGUGUCCUCGCCCGACGAGGCCGUGGAGGAGGAGGUCACCGACACGGAGUGGUUUUUUCUGGUGUCCAUGGCGCAGUCGUUUGGCGUCGGCGACGGCCUCCCUGGCCAGGCCCUCUUCGCCGAAGCUCCGACCUGGAUCGCCGGCGCGGACCGGCUAGCGAUGGCGCCCUGCGAGCGGGCGAGGCAGGCGCAGUUGUUCGGCCUCCAGACCAUGGUCUGCGUCCCGGUGGGGAGCGGCGUGCUGGAACUCGGAUCCACGGAUCUCAUCUACCAGAGCUCCGAGCUCAUGAACAAGAUCAGGGUCCUUUUCAACUUCCACAGCCUCGAGAUCCCCUCCGGAUCCUGGCUCCCGCCGCCUGUGGCGACGCCGGCCGUGGCCGACCAGGAUGAGACCGAUCCGUCGGUGCUCUGGCUUGCAGAUCCAUCCAUGGUCGAGAUCAAGGACUCCGUCUCCCCUGGCCCCGCCACGGCUGAGAUCUCCGUCACCAAAUCCCCCAUCCAGUUGGACAAUCGUAGCUCCAGUACCAUUACGGAAAGCCCUAGCUCGAUUCAGAUGCAACAGCGCCACAACCAGCAGAAGCAUCAAAAUCAGAACAGCAACGGCACUAGCAACUUCCAGACCCAAUCACUCUGCACCAGAGGGUUUACUUUCUCCGAGUUCGCGAUGAACGGCUCUGCCCCUCCCCCAUCCUUAAAGCCGGAAAGUGGAGAGAUUCUAAAUUUUGGCAAUAGCGAGAGGAAUUCCUCUCCGGCCCCCGGUAGCGGCCUCCUGUCCCACCAGCAGACCGCCGCCACCGGUGACAAGAAUAACAAGCGAUCGACAGGGGCCACAUCGAGAGGAAGUAGCGACGAGGGGAUGCUGUCCUUCUCCUCGGCCCCCGCCCGUCCCUCGUCCGCCGGUCAGGCGAAAUCCGUCGGAGGGAUCCCCGGCGGGGGCGACUCGGACCACUCGGAUCUCGAGGCGUCGGUGCGGGAGGUGGAGAGCGGCCUGGUGGUCGAGCCGGAGAAGCGGCCCAGGAAGCGCGGCCGGAAGCCAGCCAACGGCCGGUUGGAGCCGCUCAAUCACGUGGAGGCCGAGCGACAGCGUCGGGAGAAGCUGAACCAGAGGUUCUACGCCCUCCGCGCCGUGGUGCCGAACGUGUCCAAGAUGGACAAGGCCUCCCUUCUAGGGGACGCUAUUUCCUACAUCAAGGAGCUUGCAACCAAGCAGGAAACCUUGGAGUCGGAGAAGGAGGGGCUUCAGGCCCAGAUCGAGAUCCUCAAGACAGCGCGCGAUUCCGAUUCCGCCCCUGCACGGCCAUCGCAGCAACCCGAUCCAGAUACGAGACUGAUGAAUGGUGGGCGGUGCCAUGGAGUGGAGAUUGAGGUAAAGACCCUGGGGCUGGAGGCGAUGAUCCGGGUGCAGUGCCAUAAGACGAAUCACCCGGCGGCGCGCCUGAUGGCGGCAUUGAAAGAGCUCGACCUCGACGUCUAUUAUGCCAUGGUGUCCGUCGUAAAGGAUCUCAUGAUCCAGCAGGCGACGGUGAAGAUGUCCGGUAGGGUGUACACCCAGGAGCAGCUCAGUGCUGCCCUCUUAGCCAGAUUGGCGGAGCCGCCGAGCAACAAUAGGUAAUUCUGGUUCCCCAAUUACCAUGGGUUCUUUUUUGCGAGGAUUCCUCGGCUCGGUGGCGCCGGGAGGAGUUUUUAGACCACGGCCUAGUUUGCAACUCCCUAUUCUGCUUAUAGUUUCUAUGAAUUUGCCGGUGCUCGGAGAGGAUGGAUGGCGAAGAUUGUUUGUUGUUGGACCCUAGAAUGCGUCUCUUUCCUCAAGUGGUUCAGUGAAUCUGUACAUAGGUAGUGCAUGCUUAGUGCGACGAGUCCGAUGUUUGAUCAAAUAACAAGCGAUAACGGUUGUUAAUGGCUUUUGACUCGCAAUGACUCCUUCCCCUUGUGAGCUUUUUUUGCUGCUACGAAUGUUUGCUGAUGGCUUGCUUGAA